CGGGAUGUGGCCGUUGCUCAUCUCCUGCUAGUGCCAGCUGUGUGCUGGAGCCGUGGCAGUUGCCCCCCGCUCGGACUGGCAGAGUAGCCUGGCCCCGCGCGGUCACCAUUGAGGAUGAGUCCCCGUGAGGCUCAGUGCGCGGCCUGUCCUCCCUACCCCGGCCCCGUUAUCUAGCGACUGGACUCCCUUGCAAUUAUGGAGAUUUAGAGGAAUUAGACAGUGUGGAGGGGGAAUCCCCCUCCCCACUCUUUAGUUGACUUCUGGAUUUUUUCUUUGGACAAUAAGAAGACUUUUGUUGUAUAAAAUGGCGUAAUAGAAGACUUUAUAAAUAUAACUUUAUAUUUAUAAAAUAUUUAUUUUGUUCAAGUGCCAAACCGAGCAGCACAAAGAUUCUCAAGGCAGCUUAGUAAAACUGAGUCUAAGUACUUGGAAUCAUGAAUUUCCAGAGGCACUGUAUUAUAGUGUGCUAAAAUCUGAGUGCCUUGUUAUUCUUACUGGCUGUUACUUUUUAAGGAGGGAACAGUUCUGAAAAGUAAAGAUGACUACUUCCAUGCCUGACUGCACUUUGAAGUGUCGCUCUCUGCAGCAUGCUUUGGAUGUUAUUUCUGUAGUUACCAGAGGAAGCGAAGGCCAGGUGAAAGCCUUUCUCUCUUCUCAUUGCUACAAUGCAGCAACUAUAAAGGAUACUUUUGGCAGGAAUGUCCUCCAUGUUGCUUCCUCCUGUGGCAAGAAAAGUGUGGUAGAUUGGCUUACAGAGGCCAAAGGAAUGGAUUUACUGGCAAAAGACAAAGAGUCUGGAUGGACAGCUUUGCACAGAAGCAUCUUCUAUGGCUACAUUGAUUGUGUUAUGUCAUUGAUUAAGCAUGGGGUUAGUUUGUAUAUCCAAGAUAAAGAAGGUUUAUCUGCCUUGGAUCUUCUGAUGAAGGAUAGACCAGCUUAUGUAAUCUUCAAGAAAACUGAUCCCACAGAAGUCUACACUUGGGGAAACAACAUAAACUUUACUUUGGGUCAUGGUGGUCAGCAGAGUAAACACCAUCCUGAAUUGGUAGAUCUGUUUCCUCGGAAUGGACUCUAUAUCAAACAGGUGGUCCUGUGUAAAUUUCACUCUGUGUUCCUUUCCCAGAAAGGACAGCUUUAUACUUGUGGACAUGGUCAAGGAGGGCGCUUGGGUCACGGAGACGAACAAACAUGCCUGGUUCCUAGAUUGGUAGAAGGUCUAACUGGCCAUCAGUGUUCCCAGGUAGCAGCAGCUAAGGACCAUACUGUUGUUUUAACAGAAGAUGGAUAUGUUUAUACCUUUGGCCUAAAUACUUUCCACCAAUUAGGCAUUCUUCCUCCUCCUCCUAACUGCAGUGUUCCUAGACAGGUAAAAAAUCUUAAAGGUAGAACAGUGGUUGGAGUGGCUGCAGGCAGAUUCCAUACAGUGCUAUGGACUAGAGAAGCAGUGUAUACCAUGGGAUUGAAUGGUGGGCAAUUAGGAUAUUUGCUGGAUCCUAAUGGAGAGAAAUGUGUAACUGCACCUCGUCAAGUCUCUGCUCUGCAUCAUAAGGACAUUGCUGUGUCCUUGGUCACUGCAAGUGAUGGUGCUACAGUAUGUGUUACUGAAAGAGGAGAUAUUUACUUGCUUACAGAUUAUCAAUGCAAGAAGAUGGCUUCCAAGCAGCUGAACCUCAGAAAGGUUCUUGUUAACGGGGGAUUUUUGGAAUACAAGGUGGAUCCUCAACACCUUAAAGAAAACGGGGGUCAAAAGAUUUGCAUUCUUGCCCUGGAUGAAGCUGGAAGAGUGUUCUGCUGGAAGUCAUCUACCAGUCCUAUGAAACAGUGUCGAUGGGUCUAUGGCCGCCAAGUCUUCAUAUCUGAUCUUGCUUUAAAUAAGGAUGAAAUGAUGUUUGUUACUCAGGAUGGUGAAACCUUUAGAGGAACGUGGAUAGAAGAGGGGAAAAAAUCUUCAGAAAGAAAAGAUGUUAUAACAAGUCUUCAAAAUUGCUCAUAUGAUGCAUCUUGUCACAAUGGUUCAAACAGUGUAUAUGAAAAAAUUCGACUUGAGAAGGUUGCUUUUGUCCACAGAGCUGUUAGUGUUACCACAGAUCCUAAUGGAAGUAACUUUGCUGUUUUACAGUCGGAUCCUAAAACAAGUCUAUAUGAAAUUCCAAGCGUUUCCUCAUCAAAUUUUGUUGAGGACUUCAGGAAAUUGUUAAGAGAAACUGAUGAAAUGGACAACAUUCAUGAUGUGACGUUUCAGAUCGGCACUAAGACGUAUCCUGUGCACAAGUACAUCUUGGCCAUGCGUUCUGACUUCUUCGAGAAACUAUUCAUUUCUGAUGACAACUGUCUAGACUCUCCAAAAGUCUACCAUAAAGAUGAAGAUGUUGUAGGAUGUGAUCUUUAUGUGAUAGAGAAAGUUCAUCCAGAUUUGUUUGGGUACCUUCUGCAGUUCAUGUACACUGACACUUGUGAUCUUUUGACACCUGGUUACAAGCCAAAAAUCCUGUAUAAAGAAAAAACAGAAGACUACCAUGAUACCCUAAUUUCUAACCUGAAUAAAAUGAGUUUUGAUGGAGAUGUUAAUGAGAAGUCUGCAUUUGAGGUUUACAGAAGUAAUCAAGUCCAUGUAAUAAAUGACAGACAGAAAAACAAACCUAAGUCUUCUAAAAAAGGCAAAGUUGCUGGUGAAGAAAUCAACCCAAUAAAAAUGUUGCAAGUCACUGCAAAGAAAUUUGGACUUGACAAUUUAAGUAUAAGGUUGGAUGGAGUCAGAUUAGAAAAUGGGAAAAUUAAUGUUGUCAACAAGAAAAAUGGAAACAAACCAAAAUUAAACCAGAAGAAAUGUUCAUACCUCUGUGAUGUGACCCUGAAAUCUGUAGAUGGAAAGGAAUUCCCUUGUCAUAAAUGCAUACUCUGUGCAAGACUUGACUAUUUUCAUAGCAUGCUAAGCAGCUCUUGGAUUGAGGCUUCCUGUUGUGCAGCUCUGAAAAUGCCAAUCCAUUCUGACAUACUACAGAUAAUACUGGAUUACAUCUAUACAGAUGAAGCUCUUGCAGUAAAAGAAUCUCAAAAUGUGGAAUUUAUAUGCAAUGUCCUUGUGGUAGCAGACCAGCUCCUUAUAUUUCGCCUAAAAGAAGUUUGUGAAGUUGCAAUUACAGAAAAACUUACCUUGAGGAAUGCUGCUGAACUUCUGGAGUUUUCAGCAAUGUAUAAUGCUGAACAGUUAAAACUUUCUUGCUUGCAGUUCAUAGCAUUGAAUAUGGCAGCUUUACUUGAAGCAAGGACUCUUCAAGUCUUAAGUGAUGAAGUUUUGAAGGAACUUUCCAUUUAUUACAGAAAGAUGAUUCCAGCUAUGGUCAGGAGAGUGGUUACUCCAUAUCAAGAUGGACCUGAUAUUAGCUCUUUGGAACCUGAAGAUGGAGAAAAUUUUGUGUGUUUGAAAGAAGAAAUUACCACAGAACAAACUAGGGAAGCUCUUCUCAAAAAGGCAAAAACAAAGGCAAAAAAGAAGCCACGAAGACGGUCAGAUAGCUCUGGAGGAUACAAUCUUUCAGAUAUAAUUCAGAGUCCACCCUCCACAGGUUUAGUAAAAAUGGAGAAGGCCAACUCUGUAGAGUCACUUCAAGAACUAACAUCUGAUUCUGAAGGUAGUUAUGCAGGAAUGAGCAGCCCCAGAGACUUGCAGUCCCCUGACUUCAUGAAAGGAUUUCCAACUGAUAAGACUGAGAUAAAAAACAAAAUAUGUCUUCAAGGAACAAAAAACCUCCAUUUGAAUAAAGAGGUGAAAUUAACUGAGGGAUCAUCAGGACUGAAACAGUCUGUUCCACAAUCCAUUCCCAGUAAUAAAAACAAUUCUAUUAGCUCUCCCAAUUGGGUUGCUACACCUUUCAGUCCUGCCAGUCCUCCUGCUAUGGAUCUAAGAACCAUCAUGGAAAUUGAAGAGAAUAUGCAGAAGUGUGGAACUAUGCCAAAGACAAAUGCAAGUAAACUGGCUUCUCAUGGAAUCAGGCUGUCUCAGAAACAAAGAAAAAUGAUUGCCAUGGCUGCAAAGGAUACUAGUUCAGUAAUAAACAACUUGGAGAGGACUCCAAUUGCAGCUGCACCAUUGACACCUACAAAAGCUACAAAAGCUGGGAAUGCAUGGUCAUCUUCAUUACAUUCUACUUUGCCAAAGUCAUUCCGAGAUCUUGUAAUGGAAGAAGAGAAAUCUGUCAGUGCACGUCAUUCUCCAGGCACUGGAGUCAAAGUUUGUUUUCAAGAAACUGAGGAUCCACAAGCUCAAAAGCCCUUAAGGUGCACAACCAAGACCAGAACAUGUGCAGAAGAAGAUAGUAUUUCUGAUUCUCCUCAGCUGGAAAGUCAAAAUCCCUGGUUAGCAGCAUCCUUGAAUAACUCUACUGCAAUGGCACCUAUCACAUUUGCAUCAAUUGUAGAGGAGGAGCUUCAGCAAGAGGCUGCACUUACCAGAAGCAGAGAAAAACCUUUGGCUUUGAUUCAGAUUGAGGAAUGUGCUAUUCAGGAUUUGUUAAUCCACUACGAAGCUUUUGACAACCCUGAUGAAUAUGUUGUUGUUGAAAGGGCUUCCCAGGGACCUAUUGCAACACCUAGAUGGAACAAACAUUGAUUCUAGUUCUUCACAGUCUGUGUGAAGACAUGUAUUUUGGAGGUUUUAACUUCAGAAAGAACUGGACUGAGGGAAUAGUCCUGUAAACUUAGCAUCCGUGUUUAAACAGUGCACAUAAUCUACAUCUUGUGAAUGCAUCUUAGUCAUGAGAGGGUAUGCAGACUAAAUAAUUUGUCCUUUAAAGUGUCCAUUUAUUCACCACAUAUUGAUGUAAGUGUUGAGGUUUUUCUUUGCAAAUAAGCCCUGUGUUAGUGACAUUAUGUAGAAAAUGAUAAAUUGAAAUUGCAUUAGCUUAUAGUGUUUUACAUCGGACAGUAGGGCUUUUUGUUAAAAUCACAGGUGGUUAAAAAGCAACAUGCUUAUUUUCUGAUUAGUGUAGAAUUGAGCCUGCAGAAUUAUGCAUAGUUUAAUUUUGAGUUUCAUCAGGAUUGAAUGACAAAUUUAAAACAUCCCAAAUAUUUCUCCGCUUAAACUUUGUGUAGUAAUACCAUUUGGUAAUGAAGUUUCUCCCUAGUCUCCAGUAUAUAUGUAUUGAGUACUAGUUCUGUUGGCUAUUGUAGCUAGUACUCUUGACUGUCACUCUUCAGGAUGAGUCUCUGUGCAGGACCUAAAUGCCCUGUCACUAUCUGUUUUUAAUUCCAUUGUGCAUGCUUUUUCACUGUGAGAUUGGCUUCUUGAGUAGUUUUAGUUCUGUUGGAUAGGUUAUGGUAGCACUGUUUGGCUCAUCUGUAGUCUUAUUCUAGUACACUUGUAUAACCAGUGGUUUGAGGUACAUUUUUUGAAGUGUUGAGGAAAUAUGAAACCUGUAUGUUACAUGUUAAAGCUACAAGGUUGAACGCAUAACUGGAUUUUGAGAAUAACUAACCUGAAAGAUUGUUGGUUGUUUUCAGUAUUGUGUGUUCAAAAAGAACUCUGUGCCUGGUCUCUCUAAACAGAUUUCUGAAAAUUAAUCGCCUUAUGCACAAUAUCCUUUCUAGUUGGUCAGUUUGGAUAGUUAACUUUGGAUUUGCCUGUUUCAGUAAUUUCUGCAGUUAAAUUUGGGAUAAACUGGAGAAGAUAAAGCUACAGAAGAUUUACCCAGAUGAAUGUACAAAGUUAUCACUGUGCAAUGAUUUAGUCUUGCAAAACAAUGUAGCUUAAUCUAGUGGCUUCAGGUUGAGCUACACCAAACAAAAACAAAACAAAAAACCCAAACGUGUAAACAAAUGCAAUAAACAGUAAAAAUUUGAUUGA